AUGGAAAUUUCGCGACCACCUAAAUGGACUGCGAGUAAUCAAUGUGAAAUAAUUGAAACGAACGGUGAACAUGGGCAAAAAAUUGAUGGAGUUGACAGCGACGCGACUAUAGAUACUUGGUACGAAAACGAAUACGUUGUUGAAAAAGUCGUUGAUCAUCGUUUUGUGAAUGGACAACUGCAAUAUUAUCUCAAAUGGAAGGACUAUUCGGAUGAAGAAAAUACUUGGGAGGACGAGUCUGAUAUCUUUGCCACUAAUUUGGUUGAAGAAUACUGGACUAAAAAAGGAGGCCGACCUAUGGCUAAUACUUCAAGCUCGUCAGCUAGUGUCCCAGGCCGUCGUCGUCGUCGAUAUCGCUAUAACGUAAAAGAUAAUGACGGCGACACGUUCAUGCUCGGUUCUACCAAUUGUGAUGAGAGCAAUGAUAAUCAAGAGAAAUUAAGUCGCCGUAAAAGUUCCUCUACACCUCAAAGAGAAUGUGAUGAUGGGUAUCUUGCAAACUAUAAGCCUGUACCGGCUAUUCCAAAACUCAAUAAGAAGCCUGGCCGACCAUCGGUUUCUAAUCCGGAAAUCGAAGAGGAAAUGUGGGAAGACAAUGUCCAUCGUGUUGAAAGUGUUGAACGUGACAAAUAUAGUAAAGAGUUGUUGAUAUAUAUUAAAUGGUACUUUACUCUUGUGUAG